AUGAAGUCGCGGACGUCGACGUUCCUCUACGACCAAAUCUUCGUCAAACACGCGCGCGAUCCCGCCGCGGCGGCCGCGGCGACCGUCUUCCACCAGGACGCGCCCUACUGGAGCGUCGAGGGCUCGCAGAUCGCGUCCGUGUCCAUCGCGCUCGACGACGUCGACGAACGCGACUGCCUGGACUUCCUGCCGGGCACGCACCGCCUGCCCGAGUUCCAGCCCGUCCACUUCGCCUCCGGCGAGCCCUACGAGUCGGAAAGCCCGCUGCCGACGCUCGACGUCGCGGCGCUCGGCGGGCCCCGCGCGCGCUUCGACCUCUCGCCGGGCGACGCGGUCGUCUUCGACGGGCGGCUCGUCCACGGCGGCGCGGGCUCCUUCGGGCGGGCGCUCGUGCUCCGCUUCGUCGGCGACGACGUCGUCUUCAGCCGCGCGCGCUUCGACUCGGGCCACGCGAUCCCGACGCGGGACCCCGUCGGCCUCGCCGACGGCGCGCCGCUCGCGGACCACGUCGACUUUCCCGUGUGCUACGUGGACCCGUUCUUCGGCAAGCGCGGCGCGUCGCCCGUGUCCGUCCUCGAGUGGUCCAAGGGCAAGGCCCUGCUCGUCGACGCGGCGAAAACCGCGGGGGUCCCGACGAAGUGUGACGACCUCUAUGACUACAUCGUGAAAAAUACGACAGUGAAGAAGUACGCAGUAAAUGGUUAUAAGAAGAGUCUCAAAGCGUUCAUCUCCACUUACUUCAUCCCGAAAGAUCCGGACGCGCCGCCCGCCAAAGCACUCAUCGUCGAGGACCUGUCGACGGCGACGCGCGAGGAACUGACCUACCCCGUCUCGACAUUCGCGUCGGGCGGGCCGUAUUUCACGAACGCGGCGGUCGGCGCAGACGCCGCGGAGGAGGAGGAGCGGACGCCGCAGCACGCCUUCGUCGUCGAGUUCUUCCAGGGCUACCGCGAGACGGUCCCGGUGACGAAGCCGGUGAUGGGCCGCGCGGUCGCGCGCGUGCCCGCGCCGACGCACUACGGCUCGGUGCGCGAGCGUUACCGGGACGCAUCAUCUCAUCCGUUCGGCGUGAGCUUGGGCACGAGGCUGUUCAGCGUCGAGGAGCACGGCCCGGAGGCCGCGAAGACGAUGGCUUACGAGGACGCCCUCGUCAUCCUCAGCAUGAAGAAGGUUAAGGGCUCUCUGGUCUACGAGGGCCAGCUCGAGCGCAUCGCCGACGAGGGGACGCGCGCGCGGGUCCUCGCGGAUCGCGCGGAGCUGGCCGCGAGGGGGACGCACCGCAGUCCCGUCAAACACGGGGCUACUCGUUCCGCAGCACCCGGCGUGGGGCCCGUCGUGCGCCGCGGGGGCGGCUACCAGGUCCAGGUGAAAGGCCGCGACCAGUGGCUCGACGCGACGGACGGUGACGCGAUCGAGAAGGCGUCCGAGCGCGCCGUCGCCGGCUUCGGGUCGACGCACCUCUCGAGGCUCCAGAACGCGGAGACGGCGAAGGCGUUGGACUCCGGCGAGGUGUCGUUCCGGGAGGCGACGGACUCCUGGCGGCGCCGCGAGUCGAUCGAGACCGCGUUCCGCGCGGACGCGCUCGCGAACGUCGACGACGGCGACGACGGCGACGACGAGUGCGCGUCGGCGUCAUCGCCCGCGGGCCCCGGCGCGGCGCUCGAGCUCGCGAAGCAGUCCGCGGAGUCGCGCGGAAAGAUCGCCGCCGUGUCGCGGCCGCGGACGAGCUCCCGCGGCGCGCGCGCCGACGACGCGGCGCCGACCCUCGACGACGACGCCGCGGACGCCCCGAGCGUCGAGUCAUCCGCGAAGAGCGACGCCGCGGAGCCGCCGCAGGACGGAGAAGGCGACGCGCGGAACCCGUCGCCGUCGUCGGCGAUCGACGCGCUCGCGGCGGCGCUCGUCGCCGGCGGCGUGAGCCUGGACGCGGCCGGGACCGCGGAGCUCGUCCUAGGAAGUCUGGAGGCGUCCGGCUGGUCGCUCGUCUCCUCGAACGUGCCCCGCGGCCGCUGGGACGACUUGGACUUCGGCGCGUCGUCGGACGACGACGCGUGCUUCGAGAACCUGUUGCCGUUCUUGGGUGAGGGCGCGAGCCGCUGGACGGACACGACGCUGCCAGACGAAGAAGCGGCCUGCUACGACAACCUCACGGACUACCUGUCGUCGACAGGCAUUGACAUUAUUAUUCGUCCGAGCUUCGCGCCGCCGGCGCCGCCGACGGAAGUCUUCGGCAUCGCGCGGGGCUCGCGCGCGUCGGCCGCGCUCCUCGACGCCGAAGCGCGGCGGCGGCUUGGCUCUACGUUCGAAUUCAAGGCGCUCCAGGACAUGGUCAACGCCCUCGCCUUCGAGGAGUCCGACGUGGGCAAGCGCCUCGUCGAGCUCCGCCUCGGCCUGCGUGCAACUCAACCACUGGUUUGGGACGUCCUCAGGCCCAUGUGGUGCCUGGCUUACCUUCUCGAAGGCGAGCAGGCGACGGCCGCGGGCCUGGUGCUACGGCCCGUCAACUUCCAGCUGAGCUGGGCGGGGAUGCAGAACCUGCCCGAGAUCGUCAAGUACUACGGCUCCGCCCGCUUCGCGCGCGUCUCCGACAGCGGCCGCGCGGACAAGGACACGCUCGGCGCCUACGACCUCGGCGAGGAGGCCUUCAACGCGGAGGCGCCGAGAUACAUCAAGGACAAGUGGGCCAAAAAGGCGAUGAAGAACCUCCGCGAUUCCUUCGUCAAGCAGCAGUAG